CUAAACCGCCUUGUUCAAUCCAAUUUGUACGGCGAAGAACAACAAAAUAAAUACUGGAAAAAUGGAUUUUUCAUAGAACAGGAAGUAGAGGAGAAUGCUGGCAAAAUUAGGCGAGCCAUCUUGAACAUUCAUAAUGGAACAGUAGAGGAUAUUGUACGGAGACUCCAAAGCGAUGAAUCUUGCUCUAAAAUACAUCUUUCCUCUCAACUUGUUGAUGCUUUACUCUAUAAGUUUGGAGAGGAUUGGAAAUCUGCUUUAGGUUUUUUUCGAUGGGCUAAUUUGCAAUCAGAUCAUAAGCCAACUACAUAUUCAUGUGACAAAAUGGUGGACAUAUUAGGGAAAAUGAAGCAAAUAGAUAGGAUGUGGGAAAUUGUAAAAUGGAUGGGAAAAGGAGGGCUUGUCACAAUGGAAACAGUUGCCAAAAUCAUGAGAAGACUUGCCGGUGCCGGUAGAUGGAAAGAUGCUAUUGAAGUAUUCAAUGACUUGAAAUCAUGGGGCUUGGAUCAGAAUACCGAAUCAAUGAAUCUUUUACUUGACACCCUUUGCAAAGAGAAGAAAGCAGAUGUUGCUCGUGAAAUAUAUUUAAACCUGAAGGGUCAGAUCUCCCCUAAUGCUAAUACUUUUAACAUUUUUGUCCAUGGUUGGUGCAAUGCUCGAAGGAUUGAUGAGGCAAUGUGGACUAUUCAAGAGAUGAAAGACUUUGGUUUCAACCCUUCAGUGAUCACAUACUCGACUAUUAUCAAAGCAUAUUGCAAAAAAUUUAAGUUUUCAAGGGUUUAUGACCUCCUUGAUGAAAUGGUUGCUAAUGGUUGCUCCCCUAAUGUUGUCACAUACACAAUUAUUAUGCAUUCACUUGCUAAGUCUCGCAAAUUUGAAGAAGCCAUUAGCAUAGUCGAGAAGAUGCGGAUGUCUGGAUGUAAACCCGAUACACAUUUCUACAACUCUUUGAUCAACAUUCUUGGUUUAGCCGGUCAAGUUGGUGAGGCCUCUCAUAUCUUUGGUGUAGAGAUGCAAAUGAAUGGAGUUAGUCGUAAUUUGUCAACAUACAAUACAAUGAUCUCAGUAUUUUGCAGUCAUGAUCGGCAAGACGAUGCAUUGGGUGUAUUAAAGGAGAUGGAGGAUUUUUCUUGUAAGCCUGUUCUUCAUACGUACAUUCCCCUACUCAAAUUAUGCUUCAAAACAGGAAAUCUAGAUGAUCAACUUAGGAUGUUGUUGGGUGAAAUUGUGAACAAACACCAUCUAAGUUUAGAUCUUGACACUUACACACUUUUGAUUCAUGGAUUAUGUAAUGUCGGCGAGAUUGAGUGGGCUUGCCAAUUAUUUGAUGACAUGAUUAGUCGAGAAAUCUUGCCAAAGGAUCGAACAUUUGGUUUGCUUAUGUGUGAAGCAGAACAAAGAAACAUGGACGGGGUUGUGGAAAAGAUUAAAUGUUUGAUGAAGCAACUUGAUAAGUUUCCCAAAACAGAGUUUAGCUAAUCGAGAGCUUUACUCAAGUAUGACUUAUGUAUAUGAAAGGUGUUUUCUCAUCAUGAUUUUGAUCACCUGGUGUCUGUAAAAUAGUUACUCGAAAGAUUUACUGGAUUCUGCAGAAAAAUGUACUUCAUCAUCAGUCUGUAGAGAUAUGGGGGAUUUUAAGAUGA